ACGCCGCAGUAAGAGUCUGAAGAGCGAUUGAUAAUGAUUGCAUUAUUGUGAACUUGGUUGAAUGUUAUUGUAUUAUUAACAAUGAAUGAUUAAAGUUUAAUAUUCUUCCUUUUUUUCGUUUAUGAAGUGUUCUUUUCGUGAUACUCCAAUUGAGAGUGAAUUCCAUGUUUAAAAUAAUAACUCCAAUUCGUUCAGCAUUAAGUGGAAUUGUUCAGCAAACAAUUUUUGUAAAAAAUUUAAGGUUCUAUUCAAAUAUCAUGGAUAAGGAAUAUUUUGAAGGUCAAUUGGAUCGUUACAAUGGAAUAAUAGUUGAUUCAGCAAAAGAAUCAUGUAAUGGCGAGAAUUUUUCAAACCGUCUUAAAGCAUCACUGAAUAAAUGGUUGGAGGAAAAAAGGCGCACAAUUUGGUUUCGUGUGAAUUUGGCGCAAGCAGAAUGGGUGCCAAUUUUGGCGCAAGAAGGAUUUAAAUUCCACAAUGCAAAGGACGAUUAUGUAACACUAUAUCGAUGGCUUCCUGUUGAUCAAGAAUCAAAUAUUCCACCCUAUGCUCAUACAAAUCUUGGAAUUGGAGGAUUCGUUUAUAAUGAAAGCAAAAACGAAAUUCUCGUUAUUAAAGAAAAAUAUAUAAAAAAGCCAAUGUGGAAAUUACCCGGAGGAUAUGUAGAACCAGGUGAAAAUAUAAACGUUGCUGCAGAAAGAGAAGUUCUAGAAGAAACAGGUGUUACGGCAAAAUUUAAAUGCCUCAUUGCAUUUAGACAUGCACAUCAAUGUGCAUUUGAUUGUUCCGAUAUUUAUAUGAUUGCUUAUUUAACACCAAUGACAUUUGACAUAAAAAAAUGUGAAAGAGAAAUUUCCGAGUGUACCUGGAUGAAGGUAGAUGAUUUUCUAAAUAAUCCCGUAGUUCAUGAAAAUAAUCGAUAUCUAGUUAGAAAAACUGUGGAAUUUUUAAAACAACAAAUAGGAUUCGGAAUUCACAAUACUAUACAUCCAAUUACAAACAAUCCUAUAUGCAUUUAUAGUCUUGAAAAUAUGGAAUAGAUAAUUAUUACGUACAGUAAUAAUAAGAUAGAUACAAUUUUUAUAAAUUAUAAUACCCUGAAGGAUAUAGAAAAUAAUAUAAUCUAUAAAAUAAUAUAUUUCAAUUGACGGAUUUGUUAAAUUAAAAAAAAAACUGUAAAUGCCCGCAAACUGUGUCAUUGUUACAGAAAAAUUUCUUUGCACAAAUGACGAUUUCAUUUUGUACCUGAGAUGUAAAUAAUAUAAAUUGUAAAAUAAAAAAGACUACAUAACCUCA